AAAGGGACCCGCCCGGUCGUCGCCCACAGUCGCCGUGCGCACCUGAAAUGGAAGGGAACUUUUUUAUCUCCCCCUCCGCCCGGAUUUCUUCCUCGACAAGGACAUCGAUACCUCUUCCUCCCUUCAUCUUCGUCACCGAACAUCCCACAGAACUCGAAGGCUCAGUCUCCGCCCCAACUUCGCGGUUAAAUUGAUUGAUUUCUCGUGUUCUUCCCGUCUCCACCACAUCCGCAACGAUGAAGCACCUUGCCGCUUACCUCCUCCUCGGCCUCGCUGGCAACAACUCCCCCUCUGCCUCGGACAUCAAGGAAGUCCUCGACUCCGUCGGUAUCGAGGCCGACGAAGACCGCCUCAACACUCUCAUCUCCGAGCUCAAUGGCAAGGACCUCAACGAGCUGAUCGCUGAGGGCACUACCAAGCUCGCGUCGGUUCCCUCCGGCGGCGGCGGCGGUGCCGCCCCUGCCGGUGGUGCUGCCGCCGCUGGCGGCGCUGCUGCUGCUGACGAGGAGAAGGCAGAGGAGAAGAAGGAAGAGGAGAAGGAAGAGUCGGACGACGACAUGGGCUUCGGUCUGUUCGACUAGACGCCCAUCAUAUGUGCUUACGACAACGAAGAAAAGGAAGCAAUGUGGGUUCGGAGGAGCGGCGGAAAUACUGGCUGUGGCGGUCUUGCGUGAUAUCCGGCGUGGAUGGUUCUUCGUUUGAUGAGCCCCCGAAGGAUCGGGUUCGACUAGGCUAUCUAGAGACGGUUCGGCCAAUUCAGUCCUGCUUCUCCUUCUCGCACCUAUCCGAAUCGAUGGUGGCCCGCAAAGGAUGUGACGUGACGCACAUUGCGCUUUGAAUUCCCCCAACCCACGUAUCUCUCUCUAGUCGACGUUGUGACGUGGGCAGGUUGUCAACUUGACGAUGCGCUUUUGUCAACUGGAUCCGCUAAGCCGUAGAGAUUGUGGUAAACAUGAUACUUCCUGCUGACCACCCACGUACACACAUACACGCCUACCGAACAGAAAAUCGAGGUGCGAUAUGCGCCUGAGUUAAGCAUCGGUUAAAUCCCAAUCGGACGCGCAUGCAGCCAGGCUAGAUCCAUCCAUCUCGAUAUGGAGGGGCAUCGUGGGAUGCAUGGCAUGAGAAGGGAGGGAUGAAUUAUGGGCCGUAUCCUUAUGCAGAGCAUCAGGCUUGAACGCUCAUAGGCCCGCUCACG